GCAGCUCUGCCCAGGCAAAUCCCCGCACUACAUUCGAAUGAGUACAGCUGAGGACACGCAUAGACGAACACGCCCAACAUACAUACAUACACGUACUAGUAAAGCUCAACUUUACAAUCUUUAUCACAACACUUGAAAACAGGUGUCUGAAAAGUCCCGUUGCAGCCGUAAAAUGUGCGGAAGAACAGCUUGCACUCUUGCUCCUGACGAGGUGAGCCGAGCCUGCUCCUACAGAAACCGAAGAGGGCAGCGGAGACAGCCUCGCUGGAGGGAUGGAGAUGCGGACAAAUACCGGCCCUCUUACAACAAGAACCCACAGUCCAUGAGUCCCGUCCUGCUGUCCCAGAGGCAUUUUGAUGAGAGCGCUCCUGCAGAUGAGUGUGUAUUGGCCUUGAUGCGUUGGGGUCUUGUACCUUCUUGGUUCAAGGAGGAUCAUCCGAGCAAGAUGCACUAUAGCACCAGCAACUGUCGCAGUGAGAAUAUACUGGAGAAGAAAUCAUACAAGCACCCCAUGGUGAAUGGACAGCGCUGCGUCAUCCUGGCUGAUGGUUUUUAUGAGUGGAAGAAGCAGGAGAAAAACAAGCAGCCUUUCUUCAUCUACUUUCCUCAGACUCAGAGAUCCAGUCAGGAGAAAGUAAAGGAUCAGGGUGACCCCAUGGCCUCAGCUCGCAAAAAGAGUACGGAGACAGCGGAGGAGGCCUCCCUUGGCUUGACAGAGGGCGGGCAAGCACCAGGUGAAUGGACUGGAUGGAAGUUGCUGACUAUGGCUGGACUGUUUGACUGCUGGACACCUCCAGGUGGUGGAGAACCCCUUUACAGUUACAGUAUAAUCACUGUGAAUGCUUCCCCAAACCUGCAAAACAUCCAUGAUAGGAUGCCAGCAAUCCUGAAUGGAGAGGAAGAAGUGAGAAGGUGGCUUGACUUUGGGCAGGUGAAGUCUCUUGAUGCCCUGAAACUGCUCCAGCCUAAAAACAUUCUGACCUUUCAUCCUGUCUCUUCACUGGUAAACAACACACGCAACAAUUCUCCAGAGUGCCUUCAGCCAGUGGAUCUUGGCAGCAAAAAGGAGCCCAAGCCCACAGGCAGCAGUAAGAUGAUGAAGACCUGGCUGACAAGCAGUUCACCUUCAAAGAGGAAGGAGUCCAGCACAUAUGAGAGUAGAGAAAAGCAAGAAAGGAAGAAAGGGACUCAGCGCAAGUCUACAGGAGCACUUCAGCAGUGGUUUCAGCAGGCCAACAAGAAACCAAGAACCAAGUGAAGAUAUGAGCCGGGACUUUAAAACUUCAGUUUUGAAGACCAUUGAGGCCGUAAUUAUUCUACUUGACUGUUUCUUUACAUGUAUGAGAAAAACAUUCUAAGUUCAGGCUGUUGUUUGUAUUAGUAAAUGUCAUAAAUGUAAUAAAAAUCAGCUUCACAGAUA